CAUUGGUUACCCGCGCGAUGGCGCGCGCUGUUCCGUUUCGGUAGAUGUAGGACAUUGCGGGGGGUUUUUUUUUUUUGGGAUCUUCGUGGUUCAGCGAUGGUGAAUCGAGGGCUGUGCCCCUCUUGACGCGAAUUGUUGGAUCUAGACCGAGAUUGUUUUGCCCGCAUUUGCUGCGACGGUGCUGUAAUUCUGUUCAGAUUCGUGUCAAACAUUUGCCUGCAAUUUUUGUAAAGAAAAAUCGUAUGCACACUAGAAGCACACUCGUGUAACACUGAAGUAUUGGUUGCCAAAUUCGUGUGGACAUCCACUAUGGUCGGUUAAGUAAGGAGAUACAGAUUGCCUGUUGUGUGCUGAAGCCACAUGCUGAUGAUUGCUCAGUCAGAGGAAACCUGUCGUGGGUAGGAUGGAAAGAUGGUAAUCAUGAUAUCCGCAUUUGUGUUUAGGCCUGAUGCUUGGUAGUAGUUUGGCACGUCUCUCCAUUGUUAUUCACUUGGUUUUGGUCAUCGCCUGUCUCGUCCCGCAGGAGUUGCCUCUGCUGUAGAAGACUCCCUGAGUGGGGAAGAUGGUUGUCCAGGAGUUCACAGUUGAUCUCAACAAGCCUCUUGUUUUCCAGGUUGGCCAUCUUGAGGAACGUUACCAGGAAUGGGUUCACCAACCUAUCGUCAGCAAGGAGGGUCCUCGUUUUUUUGGAAAUGAUGUCCUGGAGUUCCUGACACGCACAAAGUGGUGGGCUGUGCCAACCAUAUGGCUGCCUGUUGUUUGCUACUUGUUCGCGAAAUCUAUUUUGAUGGGCCAUACCAUUCAGGAACUAGUUCUGAUGGCUCUGUUCGGAAUAUUUAUUUGGACGUUGAUUGAAUAUACUUUGCACCGCUUCCUAUUCCACAUUGAGACUAAAACCUACUGGACAAACACUGCACAUUACCUUCUUCACGGAUGCCACCAUAAGCACCCAAUGGACUCGCUCAGGCUUGUAUUUCCUCCUACUGCAACAGCGAUUUUGUGUUUCCCGUUCUGGAACCUUGUUGCGUUCUUUGCAACUCCAUCUACGACUCCUGCAUUGUUUGGGGGUGGUCUACUGGGAUAUGUGAUGUAUGAUUGCACUCACUACUACCUGCACCAUGGACAACCAUCCAAAGACCCAGCAAAACGUCUCAAGCGGUAUCACCUCAAUCACCACUUUAGAAUCCAAGACAAGGGCUUUGGCAUAACCUCAACACUCUGGGACACUGUUUUCGGUUCAUUAUCACCAUCGACAACUGGGAAGAAGAACUGACGCACAUAGCACAAUUCUUAGCAUGAGAUUCUAGGGGAUUUGUAAUAUAUUCAAGCUAGGUACAAUUCUAGUUCUGUCUUGGUGCGAUGGGUUUCACAUGUCCAUUCAGAUCAAAGUUCCUGUGUACUGAUUCUGUUGAUCUAUUCUGAUGUGAAGUGAUUUCGUUGGCUCAACAUUCUAUGCA